GAGGAGAGGAGGAGGAGGGCGGCUGGGAGGAAGGAAGGCGGAAAGCAAGGUACAGCAGGCGAGGGUGGGUGCGGAAAGCAAAGUCUCCCUGGCGAAAGCGAGACGAGGAGGAAUCCCACAAUACCAGGCGGGUUGGUGAGAGCUUGUGAAGCUCCCGCUGUCUCUUUAACACAAGAGGAAGCGAUGCGGAGGGGUGGAAAAUGGCAGAGCUGCAGAUGUUAUUAGAAGAGGAAAUCCCUUCUGGAAAGCGGGCUUUGCUCGAGAGCUACCAGAACCUCACCAGGGUAGCCGACUACUGCGAGAACAACUACAUCCAGGCUCCAGACAAAAGGAAAGCCUUAGAAGAGACCAAAGCAUAUACAACUCAGUCUUUAGCCAGUGUUGCGUAUCAGAUCAAUGCACUGGCCAACAAUGUGCUCCAACUACUGGAUAUCCAAGCGUCCCAGCUUCGGAGAAUGGAGUCCUCAAUCAAUCAUAUUUCCCAGACAGUGGACAUACAUAAAGAGAAAGUGGCCCGUAGAGAGAUUGGCAUUUUGACAACCAAUAAGAAUACAUCCAGAACACAUAAAAUCAUUGCGCCAGCAAACAUGGAGCGUCCUGUAAGGUAUAUUCGAAAACCUAUAGACUACACAGUGCUGGAUGACGUGGGUCAUGGUGUAAAGCAUGGAAAUAACCAGCCUGCGAGAACUGGCACUUUGUCAAGAACAAAUCCGCCUACACAAAAACCACCAAGUCCUCCCAUGUCGGGCCGGGGAACUCUGGGACGGAACACUCCCUAUAAGACUUUGGAGCCUGUUAAGCCGCCAACGGUCCCUAAUGAUUACAUGACCAGUCCUGCAAGGCUUGGGAGCCAGCACAGUCCUGGAAGAACGGCAUCCUUGAACCAGAGGCCCAGAACACACAGUGGUAGUAGUGGCGGAAGUGGCAGUCGAGAAAACAGUGGAAGCAGCAGUAUUGGCAUUCCCAUUGCCGUGCCUACACCUUCACCACCAACUAUUGGCCAAGCACAAAUAUCUGUUCCUCCUCCUCCUCCUGGAGCUCCGCCAGCACCACCACCUCUCGUCAUGGGAAAUAUGAUAGCUGCUCCUGGGUCAGCUCCUGGUUCCCAGUAUGGCACAAUGACCAGGCAGAUAUCCCGACACAACUCUACCACUUCUUCAGCCUCUUCUGGUGGAUUUAGGCGGAAUCCUUCUGUGACUGCUCCGUUUUCUGCUCAACCUCAUGUUAAUGGCGGGCCUCUCUAUUCUCAAAACUCAAUUUCUAUUGCUCCACCCCCUCCCCCUAUGCCUCAGUUGACUCCACAGAUACCUCUCACAGGCUUCGUGGCCAGGGUGCAGGAAAACAUUGCCGACAGUCCAACUCCGCCUCCGCCACCACCUCCUGAUGAGAUGCCCAUGUUUGAUGACUCGCCGCCACCGCCACCACCACCACCAGUGGAUUAUGAAGAUGAGGAGGCUGCAGUAGUGCAGUACAAUGAUCCAUAUGCAGAUGGCGAUCCAGCUUGGGCACCUAAAAGCUAUAUUGAGAAAGUUGUUGCCAUAUACGACUACACAAAGGACAAGGAUGAUGAGCUGUCAUUCAUGGAGGGUGCAAUCAUUUAUGUUAUAAAGAAGAAUGACGAUGGCUGGUAUGAAGGUGUGUGCAACAGAGUGACUGGCCUGUUUCCUGGAAACUAUGUUGAAUCAAUCAUGCACUAUGCGGAUUAAGUUCUCUCUUCAGGCCAGGUCUUAUUCAAUCAUGCCAUAAUUAUUUACAAAGGGUAACUAAAAAGUUAACAAUUGUCUUAAUGCUCUUGAAAAAUGUGCCCAUCCUUUCAGACCAUACUGUUUAAAUGGUAUGAUUGAAUGUUCAUCUGUAAACAUUUGUCUCUGCAGAGUUUGUAAAACGAGCAACUGUUUAUUACUGAUUAUGCUUAUUUACUUAUGCAUUGUUGAUUUUUAUGACCAGCCUAAAUAUUCUGGGGAAGUAGGGUAUAUAAUAUUUAAUGACUCAUGAUUCAAAUUGUGCCAUUACUUUUUUCCGUGCAGCAUGGUAAACUAACUACUAUGUUAGAUUAACAUUAAAUCUGGUUGAAAAGUCUGAUAGUGCUGGUCAUUUUCCUUUGUUUAGACUCUUGCUCAUCCUCAAACUAUAGUAUUUGUUUAAAAGCAUGCAUACAAACUUACGUAUUGAAUUAUACUUUUUUUCCUCCAAAAAAUCCAAGAUGCUUCCAAUUUGUUGUAAUCUUUUACCUGGAGAACUUUCACUAAAAGCCCAUUCCAAGUGGUCUAUCUGAGUCUCUAAGGUAUCCAUUUGAAUCAGAGAUGGGUGGUCUUAUGAUGUAUGUGUAAUUUGUACCUGAGUUUUUUUAUGAGUAAAUUUGCAUUGACUUCUUUCCAUUCAUAAAUACAUAAGUGAACCAAAGGUCUUGUCCAUUACUUUGUUGGCUUGCCUUGCCUUGCAAAGCAAUACUAAACCAUUGACUUAGCAAAAAUUCCCCCUUAUCAGCCGGGACAGUUUUAAUGCAAGUGCAAAACAACAUCCUUUGAGAUAGGAAACCAAGUUUCUACAAGCUCACCGUGCACAAAAUUACACAAAACUGUUUGACUUCAUUGAGACAGGAAGUGAUAAUUUCUAAACACUUGCAGCUCGCAACUUUUUAGAUAGUUACUGUUUUCAACAGAGAGAGCAAGAGCGCGCACACACUACUAGAAGGCUUACAGGGGAAUUUGCAGAGUUCUGCCCUGGGAAAUUCCCUUAACAUCUCUUCCAAGGUUGAGAGUGGACUAAGCUGAGGACUGACAUGCAGCAGAAAACUGUGCCUAUUCCUGCCCAUCCGCAUAUGAUCAAAGCUGUUCAGGCUAAUAGUGCUGAUGUAGCAUUAGAUUAGUGCCAUCUAAUUGCAUCUACAGCUGCUAACUAGGGUGGUUCAAUUAUAAAUCCCUCCCUCCAACCAGUAGCCUUUCACUCUGGUAAUGGAGCUACAUUAGGGCUGACUGCCUUUACAGAUUUGGUGACUGUGGUUAUGACACCACUGGCCCCGGUUAUGAGGCUACAAAGAUUUGUUCUCCAAUCUUUAACACAUUCCACUCCAUACUAGGUUGUGAGCAAAUUUAUCACAAGUCACUGUUACAAUUUUCCACCGCACUUAAAAGCCUUGUUCACUUAAAGCUAUGAAGGCUGCAUGCCCUGCUGAAAUUAAAUUGUAUCAUUGAAAGGAUUUGCUACUGACUUGUCCACAUCACUGUAUUUAAAGAAGGUUGCUGCAGCAGACACCCACAAAUACAAAGGAGCAUGUGAGCCCAAGCGGAGGCAGAUACUACAGGAGAGGUGAUGCUGAUCCAGGUGUCCUACUGAAAGGAGCUAAACAAAUCAGCUCAUGCAGGCUAUGACACAGUCUCUUUUGCUCUUCUAAGACAGUAACACAUGCACUUUGACACCUCCAUUUUGAGCACAAGGUCGUGACUUUUUUUGGUCUGUACAAAACUUGUAUUACUUAGAUUAUCUAAGGCAGAUUAUGAUUUAGUAAGGGAUUUUUUUACUAUAUGUAGUAAAGAUUUAUUUGGACUCACGCACUGUCUUAAUGGGUAUUACAAAUUUAAAUGAUGAAAGAGCCAGGUGUACUGGCUGUUCAAGAAUGGUUACGGUUAUUUUCUAGUGUGACAUUAAAUACUGAAGCAUCCCCUUGCCUUCUUACCUUAAAUCUAAUUAUAUUAAAUGCUUUGCCUUUUCCUAAUUGUUAAUCUGUUAUUUCUGAGAUCACUUAGCAACCCAUAAAACCUAUCUGUAUUCCCUUUAUAAAUUGGAACAUCUCUUAAUUUGUAUAUAACCUGUUUAUUUACAAAAAUUAUGUGCAGUCUUUUUAUAAUAAACCAUACUCCUUUGAUAUUCUUGGUACUCUGAAAUUCUAAUAGGCAAUCAGAUCAUUCUCAAGGUAUGUCGAUAGUCCCAGCACACACCAGGGAUUUUCCACACAUUGAUUGUAUUUAUUCAUUGUGGCCUUGGGUGUCAAUAUUGAAAUAUGUAAACAGUGCCCAUGAAAAAAACAAGAAUCUCCUUGAUACAGACACAAGGUAUUGCUACCACUUUAACAGACUGAUCCUGUUUCAUUGUUUUUGUAUGGCUUCCGUCAAUAAAACAUUUUUACUUCAUAAA